AUGAAGAGGCAACGCCACCACGAUGGAAAUCUUUCUGCUCCAUCCAAUGAUAACGAGGAUGAUGUUAUCUUUUCAUCAUCGCAUACUCAUUCAAUAAAACAAAGGAUACCUCUUGUUCGAAAUGAAUCUACUCAUCGAACAAUAACAACAUCAUCAUCAUCAGAAUAUUCAGAUGAAAUAUUCUCCUCGUCGUCUUCAUCUCUCAGUAAAUCUGUUCAUGAUCGUCGACAAGUUUCUGAUGGAUCCAAGCCUUUACUCUGCACCAAAUUCUUUCAGAAGAGAAAUACAUUGAGUCCAACAACAUCGGCUUACUUGUCCGAGAACAAGGAAAAUAUAUUUCCAACCAAGAAUUCUUCAACCCUCUCUGUAAUUGCUUUCCAAACAACACCUAGUUCAUAUUCUCCUUUAGAGAAGAAGGUCAAAGUAUCUCAUCAUUGCAAUCAUCACUCCCGAAGUCAUACAUUAUCAUGCACAGAGACGAUGAGAGGAGGUUCAUUCCCUCCACUCUUGUUGAAUUCUCCACCCAAAAGCAUUCUCCGUUCUGAGAAGGAGAGUAACAAUGGUAAUACUAGUACUACGACUGAUAACGGUGAAUCAUCAUCAUCAUGGAUGUCCAUCACUAUCCAUCGCCACAACAACAAGACUUGUUCGGAACUUGAUGAAAAAUUCCAAAAGGAUGAAAGAGUACAAGGUUCCUCUCUUCCAUCACCCUCCUCAGCAAGCUCCCCUACUUGUUCGAAAAACAGCAAGAACAAGAUCGAUGAUGCAUCAUCCCCAAGACCACCCCUCUCACCAACCUCUUGUGCCUUUCUAGAAACGAAUACCUCUACCUCAACAGCACCUCUCCAGAGUGCUCACAACACAACUCCCACUCGAGUGUUGGAUUUUGGCCAAACUUGUGCCCUCACUCAAACUUGUGCCCUCACUCAUAGUCCAUCUUCAUUACUGUUUGGUGAUGAUGAUGAUGAGAAUGAUGAUGACCAUUCGACACCUUACUUGAACACUCAUUCCUCAUGCUCUGAAAGGAUGUCCUCUCUUUCAGCAGCAGGUAGAAGAAGUUGUUCCUCCUCCUCCUCCUCGACUCCAAAUAAUAAGGCUCUUCCAAAUACUACUUGUAGCACCACUACUACUACGACCAUGACGACUAGCAUUGAGAGACGAUUGAUUCUUACUCCACCUUCUUGUUUGAGUACCAAGAAUGAAGAAGAGGAGAUUGAUGGUCAAGAAACGAGUGUGAGCAGAAAAAUUCCCACCCCACAUGGUCGUUCGCUUUUACUGUCCUCUCCGAACAUGUUUGGAACAAUGUCCACCGCGCGCACAUUUAAGGCAUUUGGCUCCAAUUCCGUUUGUAGAAAUUUAAAGUUUGAUGAAUGCACCAGUGCUGAUGGUAGUCGUAGUGGUGGUGGUGGUUUCAAUGCCUUCGAUUCCAAUAAGAAUUUAAGUGUGUCCUUCUCAAGCACUACUGAGAUGAAUAAUGAAUGUUGGGAAGAUGAUGAUGCCAUUACACCUUCCUUAGUCAUUGACAAGAAGAAACAGACUCCAUCUGUGUUGUCUGAACAAACAUACCAACAUACCUUACUUUCACCUUUGGUUCAUCAAUGUUCAAUUCAUUCACCAAAGAGUUGUCUUUCAACAAAAUCCAAGAAGGAAAUUUCCACUCGAAAGAAGACGAGCUUCGCAAAGCCUAAUCUUGUAUUACCUUCUUCGAGUUCUUUUGAAGAAGAAGAAGAAGAGAAUGAUUUACCACUCAUUUCUCCUCUCUUGAUGAAUUCAAAUGAUGAUGUAUUUGGUAUGGAAGCUUCUGAGAAUGACUCUGCAAGACUUGCCUCCUUUUCAGAAUCUUCGAGACGAUUGAUGGCUGGAUUUGGAGAUGAUGUCAUUCUCAACAACAUUCAUCAACCACCAUUUGCUCACUCGAUCAAUGCUGCCAAUACUACUCCAAGUACCACAACUGGACCAAUCCAUGAUUACAAUGCAUGGUAUAGCACAAGUGGUACCAAUAUAUGCAACAGCACUUGUGAGUUGGAUCCUUCCUCUCCUUCCUUAUCAUCACCAUUGACUGCUCAUCCUCAGGAUGAAUUAUUAUUGGAGAUUAUUCCUCAUCCAAAGAUUGGAAUUUGUCAAUGCAUUGAUUCAAAAACUCUACUGAAGGCUAUGAAUAAUCCAUCUCUCUCUGUAACCAUUAUUGAUUGUCGAUUCUCUUAUGAAUACAAUGGUGGACAUAUUAGAGGUGCCAUUAAUAUUUCAACACCACAAGAGUUAAUUGAAAAAUACUUUGAAUCGAAUCAAGAUGCAACUAUUGAUACGACAAGACAAAUUAUUGUAUUCCAUUGUGAGUAUUCUCAAUGUAGAGCACCAAAAAUGUACAAAUUAAUGCGUGAGUACGACAGAGCUCGUCACUUACAUGAUUAUCCAAAACUAUCAUUCCCUAACAUUUAUGUGUUGGAAGGUGGUUAUAAGGCAUUCUGGGAAUUGGAUGACGAAAAUAAGACUUUCUGUCAACCAAGACAAUAUGUGCCAAUGGAUCGUAAAGAUUUUAAAACAGAAUUCAAAGAAUCAUUCAAACAAGUGAAAAAAGCAUGGAGACUAUUCAAAGACACGAAGAGUAAAUUUCUUUAA